AUUCAAUAUUUUCAACUUUGUAACUUGUGUUUUGUAUUCCUGUAGUUGACAGUUGAGAUUAAGUUGUGUUUCUGAUUUCUGUUUAUUAUUUAAUAUUUUUAUGUUUUAAACAAACUAUAUAAGUUAUUAUUGUAUUGUUUAGUGUCACUACUGUAGUACUGUCUACUGUGUAGACUUGUAGUUGUCAUUGAUUCACUUUGUUUCAUAAUCAAAAAUGUUGUUCUACUCAUUUUUUAAAUCUCUUGUUGGGAAGGAUGUUGUCGUUGAAUUAAAAAAUGAUCUGAGUAUUUGUGGCACAUUACAUUCUGUGGAUCAAUAUUUGAAUAUUAAACUUGUUGACAUUAGUGUAACUGAUCCUGAAAAAUACCCACAUAUGGCAUCUGUAAGGAACUGUUUCAUUAGAGGUUCAGUGGUUCGCUAUGUACAACUACCAGCAGAUGAAGUUGAUACACAGUUGUUACAAGACGCUGCACGUAAAGAAGCAACAGUCACACGCUAAUAUAUUUUACAUUUAAUUACAACUAAGGAACUUAUUGUUUAAGAAGUAAUAUAAAAAUAAUUGUGUCAUUUAUUUUAAAAUAAUUAAUUUUCAAAACAUUUA